AUGGUUUAUGGACUAUCAUUAUUCAAUACUGUCCUCAUCAUACUAUUUAUCAUUAUAUGCACUGUACUUUUUAUUGGAAAUGUUUUUCGAUUUUCUUGGCUACAAACUAGUACAGUUAUUAAAGCGAAAAAACGUAAACGAAUGUAUCAGUGCUAUGUAGAUAGUAUCAGAACAAUGCAAAUGUUACAAGUAGAAACUGUUGGACGCAGCAGAGAAGCAUUACAACAAAAAUAUAUAGAGAGUGCGCAAACUUUGUACACAUUUUUUGGAGUACAUCGGCAAACGACAUUACCAAACGAUAUGUUUAUGAUUGAAAAGAAACAAUGA